CAGGCUCGUCUCGGAGACAGCUGAAAACUCCCCGGACCUACACAGCCUUUUGCCUGGGGCUCUUUUCUCGAUUCACCUUGAAAGAAAGCUCCCAGCCAGCCUGUCUGCCGCGCCGCAUCAAACCCAAAGCCCGACUGUACCACCCCCCAGCCUGGGAGGGAGGAGUCUGCUGUCCUCCAGCAGAACUGAGUGUAUAACACUCUGCAGCCAGCCAGAAUGUGUGUCAGAGGACUGUCUGUGCUCCCUAAGUAGAUGACUGUUCCAAAUCUGGUGUCUGUAUUUCUGACUACGAGAUACGAGAAAAAUUGGUUCGCACAUUAUCAUCUCAAGUCAGGACAAGGUUUUUCGAUUGUGGGAUAGAAUGCCGGCGAUCAUAAGUAAAAACUCCGAUUUGGAGUUUGACUCUUUACAACCGUGUUUCUACCCGGAUGAGGACGACUUCUACUUCUGUGGUCCCGACUCCGCGCCACCGGGGGAGGACAUCUGGAAGAAAUUCGAGUUGUUGCCCACUCCGCCCCUCUCCCCGAGCCGAGCCGCGCUACCGGGGGAGCCGGCGAAUGCCUCCCCGGAAGCAGACCCUCUGGGCUUCGGCUUAGGGGACCCACUGGACUGGGCUUCUGAGCUACUGCUCCUGCCCGAGGACGAUAUUUGGGGUGCCUCCAACGAUGUGGACCUGUUCGGCUCCGCUUUGGAUACUAACCCCAAUAACAUCAUUAUCCAGGACUGUAUGUGGAGUGGCUUCUCUGCCAGGGAAAAGCUGGAGCGGGUGGUCACGGAGAAACUCGGCAAGGCUAUUUCCACUGCCACAGGCGCCAGGAACGUGUGCGUCAAGGCGCCGGAGGUUGUGAGCCGCAGCUCGGUGUCAGAGUGUGUGGACCCCACGAUAGUCUUCCCUUUCCCGGUCAACAAGAAGAACGGCAGCAGGGACUCAACCGGGACCGUAAGCACAUCCACAACCAAUGGGAGCGCUCAAAAUGAUUCCGAAGAGGAAGAUGACGAUGAAGACGACGAGGAAGAAGAAGAAGAGGACGACGAGGAAGAAGAGGACGACGAGGACGACGAGGAUGACGAGGAAGAGGAGGAGAUUGAUGUCGUUACAGUAGAAAAGAGGCGCUCCACAAUCAACAAGGCUUCGCCCAUGGCGACGGGUACAGUCACCAUCUCUGUGCAUCCAAAGAGCCACGACGCCAGGGGGUCCGGCGUUGUGAGUCGGUUCGUCAGCAGAGCUCCUCAGGAGCUGAUCCUGAAGAGGAGCUCGGUCCACCAGCAGCAACACAACUACGCCGCCCCCUCACCGUACGCUUCAGACGACGACCCCGCCCCACCUCCAAAGAAGCAAAGGACAUCGGACGCACCCCGACCUCCCACCAGAACCAUCUCAUCCUCCUCCUCGUCUUCCUCCACAUCCUGCAGCUCACUCACCAGCUCAUCGGGGGCACGCAGCAAGCGCAGCGCCAGCGGAGACUGCAGCCCGCGCGGCAGCUCCGACUCAGAGGACAGCGAGCGCAGGCGCAACCACAACAUCCUGGAGCGCCAGCGCCGCAACGACCUGCGCUCCAGCUUCCUGACGUUGCGCGACCACGUGCCGGAGCUGGCGCACAACGAGAAAGCUGCGAAGGUGCUGAUCCUGAAGAAGGCCACUGAGUAUGUGAGCUCACUGGAGACAGAGGAGAUGAGGCUCCAGCAGGAGAAGGACAGGCUCCAAGCCCGCAGGCAGCAGCUGAUGCGCAGGCUGGAGCAGGCUAGGACUCGCUAACAGACAACCACUACAACACAGAAACACUCACAUACAGUAUACCCUGGGUGACCUCUC